GUCCGUCAGCCGAGCUUGCCCUUGUUGAUUUCUACAGAUUACAACCUCUUCCUCGAGAUAUAGCCAGUGCUCCUAUUCGAUUCGAACAAAUCGAAUUCGAAUGGGCUCGAAUGCAUUCCAAUCGAAAACGAAUCGUGGUAAGUUCGAAUCGAUUCGAAUAAGCCCUAACCUGGAUCGAUUCGAAUGACGCGAAUGGUUCGAAUGGCUCGAUAAGCAUUCGAAUAGGAGCACUGGAUAUAGCCAUUGCCAUGAAAAAUGGAACAUCGACCGGUGACCAGUUUGAAAGAGUGAUCGAACAUGGGUUUUUAAAGCAGAAGAAAGUCAUAUUUGAAACAACAGAUCUCAGUGGAAGACCCAAGGCUCCUUUGGAUAUCCCAUCGGAAUUUUACGAUAUGACCACAGCGAAACCAUCGAAAGUGGAUGAAAAUGUGUUACGGAAGUGCUACCGAGGAUACCCUAGAUUUGAUUUCAUUUACAAUCGCACGUUUAUUCAAGUAUCAUUUCAAAGUUUCGCUAAGCAUGAAGAAACUAAAAGCAAACGGAUUUCAAAGGCCUUUGAGAGAGACGAUUAUGAUGAAUCAGCAGUGGAGUCCAAGGGACACAAAGGAAAGCGGAGAGCAAGUAGCAAAGACUCGGAUAUUACGGAUAACUCAGCUACGAACAAUGAAGACGAAGUCAAAGUCGAAGUCAAAGUCAAAGUCAAAGACGAUAGGAACCAGAUUGAGGUUUAUUUGGAUGCAGUCUUUGGAGGAAAGUAUACAGCACAGAUUAAUCCUAAGACAAAGCUUUUUGAGGCUUGGAAGGAUGGCAAGAUAUUGAAUGACUUUAGGGAGAGUCGCUGCGUAAGGCCAAGAAUCUCAAGAAAUGUAGCAAGUUCGAGGAAUAUCCCUGGCCUUUUACAUGUAGACAUUGACGAGCUUAAAGCCGAAUUAUUUGGAAACUUGAUUGCAUAGGAUCGCAAAAGAAGAUGAGAAUCCUUCACUGCCAGGCAGUUUUUGAAUAUGGUCAAUAAUUUAUAUUCAUAC